AUGGAGCGCGGCGGCGGCGGCGCGCAGGACCUCAUGCGCGCCCUGAUGUGCGGCGACCGCGCCGGCCGCAGCGCCGCCGCGCCCGCCGAUCAAGAGCACGAGCGCGCGCCGCGGGGGCGGUCCGCGUCGGCGGGGCGCCGGCUGUAUGAUCAGGCGGCGGUGUACGAGAUGAGGCAGGAGGACAUGCGGGAGCGCGUGCUGCGCGCCGAGCGCGAGGCGCGCGAGUGGGUGGCGCCGCGGUCGGCGGAGGGCGUCGCGCCGCGCGUGUACAUGCCGAGGCGGGAGCCCGGCCCGGCGGCGGCGGCCGGGCGCGCGGCGUCGCCAGGGGCAGCCCGCCCCCGCGCGGGCCCCUCCGGCCCGCGCCCCGCCAGCGCCCCGCGCCGCUCCCGCUCCGCCGGCCCGGCCCCGCGGCGCCGCGCCGCGACGCCAGACGCUCGCGCCCUGUCUGCCCUGGAACAUGAGAUGCAAAUUGAGCUGGGCCGCCUGCAGCAGCAGCAGCAGCAGCAGCAGCAGCAGCCGCCGGAUGCCGCGUCUCCGGGGCAGCCCGAGGGGCGCGAGGGCGCCCACCCGCGGGGCGAGGCGGGGUGGGGCUCGUUCAUCGAGCGGCAGCAAGCGUUCCUGGAGGGCAGGGCCGACCGAGUGGAAGGGGAGCGGCGGCGCCAGGAGGGGCAGUGGGCGCUGGGGCCGAGGAUCUGCCCCGGGUCCCAGCGCAUCCUGCGUGAGAGGCGGCGCGCGGACGAAGAGGAGUUCAUGGCGCGCGGUGUCGCCGGCAGCAGCAGUCCCCGCCAACUCCAACAAACGGAGCAGCUGCAGCAGCAGCAGCAGCAGCAGCAGCAGCAGCAGCAGCAGCACCGCCGCGACGGCAUCGGCAGCUUUGGCCAGGCGCAGGCGCCCGCCGCCGGCCGGGAGGAGGGUGCCGCACAGGGGUCGCCCUACCUGCAGCGAAUGGAGCAGCAGCUGCGGCCGGCCAGCGCAGACGCCGCGUUCCCCUUCCACCCCGCCAUCACGCGCCGCGGCCACAAGGCCAAGCCGCGAUUUCUGGAGGACCUCUCAGCUGCCGAGAAGGCGCGGCGCGAGCACCGGCUGGCGGAGGCGCGCGCGGCGGCGGCUUCCCGGGAGCUUCGCGGGGCCACGUUCAAACCGCAGCUGUCGGCGGAGACCGCACACGGCGCGUAUGCGGAGGUGAAGCCGAAGUUGGCGGAGGUUCGGGCGGCGCCGGACGCGUACCUGGCUCAGGUCGCGGAGAAGGCGCGGCGCAUGGAGCUGCGGCGCGCGUGGGCGGCGCGGGAGAAGGAGGCCCAGGAGAUGGCCGAGUGCACCUUUAGCCCCAAGACCACGCCCAUCCCCGCCUACCUGGUGCAGCAGAUGUCCGACACGUGCGCCGCGGCCAUGGUGAAGGAGCGGCUGGCGGAAAUCCUGGCGGCCCGCGCCGCGGCGGCGGCCGCCGCCUCCGCGGCCCCGUCCGACCCAGCCGCCACGUGCGAUUCCGAGGGCGGGGCCGAGGCCGCCGCCACGUCAGCGACGGCAUCCGGCCAACCGGGCGCGGGCGGCAGAGGGGUCCCCGCCGGCGGCCCGGGGGUGUGGGAGGAGCCAGGCAGCUUCGGGGGCAGCAGCUACGCGGCGUUCGAGGCGCGCCAGCGAGCGGCGGCCGCGGCGGCGGCCGCGGCCGCGGCGGCCGCGCGCGAGCAGAGCGCGCAGCAGGCGUCGCUGGAGCGGGACCUGCAGGCGCUACAGCAGCAGUGGCGCGAGCUGCAGGCGGCGCGCGCGCAGGCCAAGGGCGCCGGCGGCGCGCUGUGA